GAAGAAUAUCCCUGUAAAAGUAAAAUGAUAACCAGCAAGUCACCGAAAAUGCAAAAGCCAAAGAGGGUCUCAUCUAGGUCAGAACUAGACAGUGAGCAAGAAUGUAGCAAUGCAUCUUUGAAGUCGUCAAGGAAUAUCGCUGUGACAAGGCAAAGAAAAAGGGAUGGAAUGAGCAAGCAUCAUUUAGUUGAGAAGAAGAAAGGAGCAGAUGGGUACUACUUUGAGUGUGUCGUCUGUGAUGUUGGUGGCAACCUCCUUUGCUGUGAUAAUUGUCCUCGAACCUAUCAUCUUCAAUGCCUCAAUCCACCACUUAAGCAUGCUCCUCCUGGAAAAUGGCUAUGUCCUGCAUGUUAUAGCCCAUCUGAGACCAGGAAGCCGAUACAGCAGCAAGUAUAUGAGCCUAGAAGAGGAAAGCGAGGUGACCAUGUCAAAAACUUACGGGAUCCAAUUGCACUUCGUUCUCGGAAAAUGCUGUUAAUGAAUGGUCCUGGUGUUAAUACACCUAGUGAGGACAAGGAGGGUACACUUUUGAAGGAUGUGACUUUGGAAAAGCCUGCCUCCAUUCCAUUGGAUUUGUCUGCAAAUACAGAAUCAGAGUAUUGUAACAGGGAUCCUGCAGAAGAAGUCCUUGCCUCCAUGUUGAUAGAUGUGGAGGUGGAAAAUAAAUGCAGUUCCCAUGAUGUGCCUACUGUAAAUGCUUCCGUUCCUGAAAAACCAGAUGCAUCAUGUGUGAUGGUUUCUGCAUCAGAGUGCCAUGGUUUGUCUGCUGAGGUGAAGUCUACUCUUUCCUGCAAUGAUAUAUCAAGCAAGAAAUUCAGUACUCCAUUGAUUGCCUUUACUCGGAGAGCCAAAAAGCAGGCUAAUACAGAAAAAGUAGAUAACCAAAUUAAUAGAAGUUCUUUAUUCUCCUUUCAUGAUGCAUCAGUCUCAUCAUAUCAUAGCAGAGAAGGAUCCUCCCAGAAUCCCAAUAGCUUACAGGAUCCAGCUUGUGUUUUCCCAGAUAGAGAACUUUCUGAUGCAGGACUAUCGCUUGCAGGGGAGCAAGUACAGAAGGCUGACAAGGAGAAAAAUGCCGAGUUCAGUCCAUCUCCAGCAGGGUAUCUUGAAGUUAAAAUCGUGGAUCUUAAUGUCGAGGAGCAGAUUAAGGACAUAAUUUUCAUGCCAGAUGAACAACCUGAUGUUGAAAUUCGUGCAGCUGGAAACUCUGAGAAACGCCCUUGUAGCAUACUCGUUGAGCCUCCCAAAAUCCAAGAUGUCCAAACCCUCAGGUGUUCACUUUCUUUGACUGAGCAUAGUACUAAGCUUUCUCCUGAAUUACCCACUGAGGACAGGCUUGAAUCUUCCAAAAUUUGUGCUAGUAGUGGAAGAGCAUCCACAUUUAGUAACACAGAGGUGGUAAAGGAAGAUAUUGCCACAGCUCUCAAACCAAAGUCUCUUCUGGAGAUAGAACCAAAGGUGUCGCUGAGCAAUUUGGGAUCAACAAGCCAACCUGUUUGUCAGUCACAUGAGAUUAUGACAUUGCCAGAUCAAGGUCCUGGAAACUCUGGAAAUGAAGUGCAUUCAAGAAUAUUGGUAUCUGACAUAAAAUGUGCUUCGAGCAGCGUAAUAGAUCUUGAGAUGGAUGGGGAUCUGACGAAUUUUAAAUCUGGUGGUUCUUUAUCCAAAAAUUUGCAGGCUACCCCAAGAUUACCAAAUUUAAAUUGUCCAGUGGAGUGGAACAUGGAUGCAUCUACAAGCAAUGGAGAGAUGGAACUGCCAGAAACUUCUGGUAGGACUUUGAAGCCCACAAUUGCUCUUGACCAACCUCAGGUUGAUAGGAAUUCGUGUUACUUUCUUGGAGAUGGUGCUAAACCAAGGCAAGUACAGUUUGGAAAGCGCAUCGGUUCAGUACCCAUAAAUGCAUGUGCUAAAGACCUCUUGCAAAAAAAGUGUGGCAGCCAAGAAUAUCCUAUCCCUUUAAGCUUGAGUCUUUCUGGAAGUUCCACAACCCAGGAUAGCCCAUUGACUAGUAAUUCCCCAGAGAAGAGCCCCACGUUGGACUUCUGGAAAAGCAUUUCUUCUGGCUGUGUGGGGCUCAGUGAAACAACAUCUUGGCCUCAGCCUUUCCAAAUUAAGCAGCCUAAGCUAACAUCCUCUAAACUUUCUCCAUGCCCUCCUCAUUUUCUCAAUUUAUCCUUGACCGCAAGAUCAGGUAAUACCAAUGAUGUUCAUGAAUCCCCAGGCAUAACAUCAUUUUCAGCUCUCAAGUUCAGGAGGAAUGGGAACUCGUGCACUCAGCAACCGUUAGUUCCUGCAUUGGAGGAUGCAUCACCCUUAUCUGCAGGAGAAUGGAAAUUGUCAUCACAGGGUCAUAGGUGGAUGCUUGAAAACACUGUGACGCGAACUGGUGCAUCAAACCAAAGGAAGGUAUCCCCAACAGAAAGGACUCAAACGUAUACAAGUUCUUGGUCAGAGGAAGAGCUAGAUUCUCUUUGGAUUGGUGUGAGAAGAUACGGAAGAGACAAUUGGAAUGCAAUGCUUCAUGACCCAAAGCUGCAUUUUUCAGAAUUUAGGGUCGCCAGCGACCUUGCUGAGCAGUGGAAGGCAGAACAGAAAAAGCUUCUAAAUUCUUCGUUAACGGCUAUGAGAUUAUCAAGGUCUGGCUUCCCAUGCUUCCCUGAUUCUGUGCUGGCAAGAACUGCUGAUGGCCGUGUGGACGAACAUAAAAUUGGUCAGUGCACAUCUCUUAGCUUAGAUGUUCCCAAGGCCAACACUGCAUUAGCUCUAGGAGGUCCAUCAACUUCAGCAGUUGGGAACAGGCAAAUGCGCCCGGAUCUUUGUUUGCAAUCUCACUCAUCAUUGUCACUGCUUAAAGAUGACAGAUCUAAAUUGGAUGCUGUUCUUUGCUUGAGUUCUGGAUAUGAAUCAUGGAACUCUAUUUUUUCUAAAGUGAGUCAUGGAGAAAAUAAGCUCCAUAGAAGCCGGAGGGGUUCAGCACCUCCUGACAGGAAGAGAAAGAAAAAUGCAUCGAAAUUCUCAAAAUUUCAAGAUUCUGUUGACAGAUCUCAGCUAGAUUUAUGGAAUGAAGAGAAGCUCCAUUUGGGCCAAGAUCAAGAGGAUGGUCCCCAAUCCCAGGAAGAACGAAUAUGCAGUGGAUCAGGCACCGAUGCUCUCCCUCAUUGGAUGAGAGAAGCAGUCGGCAGUCCAUCAAGGGUCACGCCUCCAUUAUCAUCAAGCGUUUUAGCGAUUCCUCAUUCUGCGAACUUGUUGUACACCGAUAAGCAAGUUAUUCCUCCACUCUUGGAGCCCUUGGCACCUCCAAUUUCUACAGAAGAUUCAUUCAAACAGUCGAGGAAGAAGAGUAGAACGUCUGAUCAGGAUGGUCAGCAGUUAACAGAUGCAUCAGCCUCCAACCUGGCUAACUCUGGGUAUCCCUCUAUAGAGACCAGGCUUGGCCUUUUCCCUGGUGAGAAUUCACAUACACCAAGAACCACAUCUGCAUCCCAUUUGCCAGAGCGGGAAGACAGUGCUGAUUCAAGUAAGACGCACUCUGAUCCCCUUAGAGUCAAUGAUUUGUCCGUUCAAGAGGAAGUAUCAUCUGAAGAAACAAUUUCUGAUGAUCAGAGCAGCAGACACUAGCUACAGCAAGGAUUGUAAAGCACAACAUUCAAGAGGAAGCAUCAUCUGAGAAGAAAAAAAUUCUCUGAUGAUCAAGGCAACAAAACUAGCUAGGAUAAGAAGUUUUGGAGCACAUUUUAUGGAAGUGCAAGAACUUCUUACAUUUGAGAAGCAUCUCUGACUUCUGUAUUUGAUGUACAGAUAUAGUUUGAAUAUAAUAUAGAUGAAUUAUUCCUUCUGUUGUAA